AUGACUCAAGUCACCAUGGAAGACGUAUGGAAAGAAAUCAACCUUGCUUCGCUUCACCAACAUCGCAAGCUAAACACUCACGAGCCAAUGUUGAGGAACCAAAACCCUCAUAACUCCCUUUUCCAAGAUUUCCUCAACAUACCUCUGAAUCAACAACCACCACAUUGUUCUUCCUCUACUUUACACGGCUCUCCUCUUCCUCUUCCUCCAGCUACUUUUCUCAGCUUGAACCCUCACUCCAUUAAUACCCACUUUGAGGAACCUGCAAGGUUUGGUUGUUUUGGGAAGAAAAGAGACCAACAAUCUGAUGAAAGUAGAGGUGAGAGAAGACAUAAGCGUAUGAUCAAGAACAGAGAAUCUGCUGCUCGUUCCAGGGCUAGGAAACAGGAUUGUGCCUCUCCUUACUCUUCUUCCCUUUUUACUAAUUCAUGUUAA